ACAACUCCACUGAUCUUGGUCCGGCACAGCACAAGAAAAUUAUCACUAUAAACAAUCCUGAUUGAUUAGUUACAAAUAAAGAAACCUCUUUGUUUCUCUCACCCUACAGUAGAAUCAGAUAAAUUGUUUUUCCUGUCCAAAAAUAUGGCCCUAGAGUUAUGGGAAACAUUGAAAGACUCCAUCACAGCUUACACAGGUCUCUCUCCUACAACAUUUUUUACUGUGGUUGCUCUAGCACUUGCUUUUUACUAUGUUGUCUCGGAAUUGUUUGGUUCAACUGAUCAUGGUCACCAGCAGAGGUCUAGAAAUUUUGAGGAACAGGUGCAGCCUCUGCCGCCCCCAGUUCAGCUUGGAGAGAUUAGUGAAAAGGAGUUGAAGGAGUAUGAUGGGUCUGAUUCAAAGAAGCCUUUGUUGAUGGCAAUUAAGGGUCAGAUCUAUGAUGUUUCUCAGAGCAGAAUGUUCUAUGGACCUGGAGGACCUUAUGCAUUGUUUGCUGGAAAGGAUGCUAGUAGAGCUCUCGCCAAGAUGUCCUUUGAGGAAAAAGAUCUCACCGGCGAUAUCUCUGGCCUUGGCCCAUUUGAGCUUGAAGCCUUGCAAGAUUGGGAGUAUAAAUUCAUGAGCAAGUAUGUCAAAGUUGGGACUGUCAAGCAGACAGUGCCAGUAAGUGACGGUGCAGCUAAUGGUGAAUCUGUUGAAUCAACUGAUCGCGAAGCUAAGCCAGCAGAAGGUGUUGUAGCAGAGAGCACAAAGCCAGCAGAAGGUGUUGUAGCAGAGAGCACAAAGCCAGCAGAAGGUGUUGUAGCAGAGAGCACAAAGCCAGCAGAAGAUGGUCCAUCCGAAAGUGUUGCUGAAACUAUGGACAAGUUUGAUGGUGAUGCUGAAAAGAAGGAUUAAUUGGCACCCCAUUUUUAUCAAGUAACAAGCUGAGCACUAUGGGAAACAGUUUUUUGUGGAGAUCCAAAAAAAAGGCAUUGAAAAGAUGUGUAUAUUAUCUCGUGUCAGACGAUUGUUGUUGAUUCUAGAACAUAUACUCCUUAGUCAAGUUACUUUAAGUCUAUGAUUUGGUGUAUGAAAUAAUAAAACAAGCAUUUUAAUGUAUCAAUGGAGCUCAUACUAGACGACCAUUCGCUAAUAUAAUGUUCACCUGUAUGUCUGCAAGUGGUAGCAAUUCCCUUU